GAGAACAAAAGACUUAUGUUCAUUCAGUCCUAUAUAUAUAUGUUCUCUCAAUCUCCCCUUCCCCAAAGUUCAUAGUCAAUCCUCUUCAUUUCAUUUCACGUCUUACCUUGAAAGUUUUCAUAAUGAGCCACAAAGUUGCUAGUUCUAGUCCUCAAAAUGUUGCAGUCUUAGUUUUUCCAUUCGCCUCCCAUCCCGGCUCUCUUCUCCGAUUUGUACGUUCGAUUUCAACUGUGGCCCCAGACAUGCAGUUCACCUUCUUCAACACAUCUAGAUCAAAUAGCUCCCUCUUCUCGAGUUCCGGCAAAAAGGGUUGUGAUAAUGUAAAGCCAUACAACGUAUGGGAUGGCUUGCCAGAUGACUACAUACCCCUCUCCAGAAAUCCGCUGGAGCAAAUUGAGUUGUUCCUUGACAAUGCACUUGGUAACUUCGAGAAGGCAAUCAAAGAGGUGGAGGCUGAAACAGGACACAAGUUCGGCUGCUUGAUUUCAGAUGCAUUCCUCUGGUUUGCCGGUGACAUAGCGGAAAAGAUGCACGUCUCUUGGGUGCCCUUAUGGAUCUGUGGACAACUUUCGCUGCUUGUUCAUAUUGAGACUGAUAUAAUUAGAGAAAAAGUGGGAGCUCUUGGACAAGAAGACAAAACUGUGGACUUCCUUCCGGGAUUCUCAGAUCAGUUUCGAGCAUGUGACUUACCCAAGGAAGCUGUAUUUGGAGACAUAGAAUCCCCAUUUACAAAAUUGUUUUAUAAAAUGGGACAGAAGCUGCCACAAGCAACUGUGGUUGUCAUCAACUCUAUUGAAAAUAUGGACUUCACAGUUACUGAGGAGCUGAAGAAAAGACUCCAGAAGUUGCUCCUUGUUGGGCCACUACAUCUUGUUCGGCCAGUACCAUCAGUUAUAUCAGAUGAUGAGGAGGAAGAGAAAGAUGUCUGCUUACAGUGGUUGGACAACCACCGGCCUGCGUCAGUAGCAUACAUUAGCUUUGGAAGUCUGGGGGCACUGCCGCCCAUGGAGGUAGCAGCAUUAGCUGAGGCAUUAGAGGAAGGUGGAUUCCCCUUUCUUUGGUCAUUUAGGGGAAAUCAAGAGGACUUUCCACAAGGAUUUAUCGAAAGAACAAACAGGUUAUCCAUAGGAAAAGUAGUUCCAUGGGCGAACCAAGAACAAAUCCUAAAUCAUACCUCGAUAGGAGUGCAUGUAACACAUUGCGGUUGGAAUUCAAUUUUAGAGAGUGUAACUUGUAGUGUUCCUCUGAUUGGGAGGCCUGUUUUUGCUGACCAACACAUAAAUAUGCGGAGCGUUGAAGUUGUAUGGAAGAUCGGUGUGAGAAUUGAGGGAGGCGUUUUCACUAAAAGUGGAGCAGUCAAGGCAUUGGAACAAGUUUUAUCGCUUGAACAAGGAAAAGAAAUGAGACAUAGAGUUGGAGUCCUUAAGCAGCUUGCUCAAGAGGCUGUUGGACCAAAUGGGCGUUCAGCUCAAGACUUGAAAGCCUUGGUAGAGAUCAUCAAAACUUGAUGAUGACCAAGUCAACUCUGGUUUGUAUCCUUCCUAUGUAUGUCUUGAUCUUCAAAUGGGUGAAAGAAUAACAAGAAUGUCAUGAUAUAGCGAGCUCAUGAUCUAAUGUAAAAAGAAUGGUAAGCUGGGUAUUCUUAAUUUUCUUUUUAGAUAAUUUCUUUUGUUUUAGCAUUGAGAGUCUUGCUUUCUUGUGUAUUGGUGUUAAUUUUGUUUUUUUUGCAAAGGACGAGAUAUUGUUUAUCCACUAUUCUUCAACAUCGGUCCUUUGGUUUUGAAGGGGUAAGAGUAUGUCCUCCCCUCAUGCUUGUAUCUUCAUUUAUUUAAUAAAAUAUUACCUCGCUUUGUCGA